AUGAUAGAGAGCGAUAUCCCGUCCAUAAUGUCAGGAAUCAUUAGGAAUUCAGGGCAAAACCACCACCCCUCGCAGGAGUACAGGCUCCUGGCCUCAGACCCAUCCCAGCUGAGUGAGGAUGAGCUCCCAGGGGAUUUGCAGUCCCUGUCUUGGCUGACAUCCGUGGAUGUGCCUCGGCUCCAGCAGAUGGCCAGUGGGAGAAUGGAUUUCAGCCUGGGGGCCCCGAGUGCCCUGCUCCAGCAGACAGGUGCUGUGGGGAACGCGAUGCACUCGACGCCCGGAGCGAUGAUCCACGUCCAGGCCAGCCUCCCCCAGGGGAUCCUGGGCCUCAAUUCCAUUUCCACACAUGGAGCCAAUAUGAGCCCCUACGCCGUGGGUGGGCAGCUGUCCCCUGGUUUGCAAACACAGCAGCAGCUCUUCCCUCCUCCUCCUCCUCAUCCUCCUCCUCAUCCUCCUCCUCCUCACUCCCAGCAGGUGUUUGCCCUGGCCCAGAACCCCCAGCAGUGUAACCCAGCAGCAAUCUACAACACAUCCUAUGGGACACAGCCACACUAUUCCCAGCCACGCCUGGCUCCCCACUCUGCCCAGGAACUGCACCCAAAGCAUUAUCCCAAGCCCAUCUACUCCUACAGCUGUUUGAUUGCCAUGGCGCUGAAGAACAGCAAGACUGGGAGCCUGCCCGUGAGUGAGAUCUACAGCUUCAUGAAGGAGCACUUCCCCUACUUCAAGACUGCCCCUGAUGGGUGGAAGAAUUCCGUGCGCCACAACCUGUCCCUGAACAAGUGCUUUGAGAAGGUGGAGAACAAACUGAGCGGGACCUCCCGCAAGGGCUGCCUGUGGGCCCUCAACCCCGCCAAGAUCGACAAGAUGGAGGAGGAGAUGCAGAAGUGGAAGAGGAAGGAUUUGGCUGCUAUUCACAGGAGCAUGGCUAACCCAGAGGAGCUGGACAAGCUGAUCACCGACAGACCCGAGAGCUGCAGGCGGCCCAACAAGCAGGCAGAGCCCGAGGGGCCCCCCCUGGGCCGGAUCCCCGUGUCCCAGCUCCAGCCCCAGCCCAUCAUGACGCUGUCCCUGCAGCCCCUCCCGCUGCACCACCAGCUCCAGACCCAGGCUCGCCUCGCCCCCAACUCUCCAGCACCUGCACAAACCCCUCCUCUGCACACCCUGCCUGACAUGAGCCACAGCCCCCUGCCCCACCACCCCAUGGGACGCGCCCCGGACUUCCCCAACGUGGCGCUGGACAUGAGCACGGAGGUGGACGCUCUGGAUCCCAGCAUCAUGGAUUUCGCACUGCAAGGGAACAUUUGGGAGGAGAUGAAAGAUGACAGCUUCAGCCUGGACACCCUGGGCGCCUUCAGCAACUCCCCCCUGCAUCUCUCCGACUGCGAGCUGGGCACGCCCGGCCUCACGCCCGUGUCCAGCGGCAGUGACCGCUCCUUCUCCGACCUGCAGGUCACUGGCCUUUACACCACCUACACCACCCUGGACAAUGUGGCAGCUGCUCAGUACAUGAACCCCCAAGGCAACAAACCCAUCCCUCUGCUCUGA